AUGUUUAAUCGUCUUAAAUUCUGGGAACGUCGGAAACCACAAGUGUGUACGCGUCAGGUGUUUGUUAAUGAGCCUUUACCGCAAAGCAAGCUUGAUAAAAAGGGACGUCCGAGACAACAAUAUGUUACCAACAAAGUCACAACUUCAAAGUAUUCGAUUUUAACCUUUGUACCAAAAAAUUUGUAUGAACAAUUCCAUCGUAUCGCCAAUUUUUUCUUUUUGUUAUUAGUAAUUUUGCAAUGGUUUCCAGAAUUCUCUACUAUAAAUCCUGUAGUAGCAGCCUUACCAAUGUUUAUAAUAACGAGUAUAACUGCUAUAAAGGACGGGUUUGAGGACUUUAAACGACAUGUGACUGACAGAUCUGUUAACAAUAGAAAGACAUGGACAUUAGCAAACUGGACAAAUUAUAAUUAUCCAAAUCCAAGCUCUGGAUUUUUUUCUUUUCGAUCAAAAAAACAAGAUUCUGAAAAAUUAAAUGAAAAGGGCCCAAAUUGGAAAAAAACAUUGUUUAGAGAUGUUCGG